AUGUCUGACAGCCCAUUCUCACGCAAGUACAUUGACGGCAUCUACGUGCCUGUCGUGUUGCUGAUUGUCGGCACCUUGAUCGUCAAGCGCGAGUACACAAUCUACGCUGCCGCUCUUGGUCUCGUCUUUGGCACGGUCAAGUUCUUGAACCUCCAGCCAAAGAAGGUCCUCACCGACCCCAACACGCUCGUCGAGUUUGAGCUCAAGGAGAAGACCGUCAUCUCCCACAAUGUAGCCAUCUACCGUUUCAACCUGCCGACUCCCCGCUCCAUCCUCGGCCUGCCGAUCGGCCAGCACAUCUCCAUUGCCGCCGACCUGCCCGACGCCAACGGCCAGAUCGUCCCCGUCCUGCGCUCGUACACGCCCAUCAGCGGCGACCACCAGCCCGGCUACUUUGAUCUGCUCAUCAAGUCCUACCCCCAGGGCAACAUCAGCAAGCACAUGGCGUCGCUCGCCGUCGGCCAGACCAUCAAGGUCAAGGGUCCCAAGGGCGCUUUCGUCUACACCCCCAACAUGGUGCGCCGCUUCGGCAUGAUCGCCGGUGGCACGGGCAUCACCCCCAUGCUGCAGAUCAUCCGCGCCAUUGUCCGCGGCCGCGCCGCCGGCGACACGACCCAGGUCGACCUCAUCUUUGCCAACGUCACGCGCCAGGACAUUCUGCUCAAGGAGGACCUCGAUGCCGUCACCGCCGAGGACCCUAACAUCCGCGUCUACUACGUCCUGGACAAGCCCGAGGAGGGCUGGACCGGCGGGGUCGGCUUUGUCACCGGCGACAUGAUCCAGAAGUGGCUGCCCAAGCCGGCCGCCGACGUCAAGCUGCUGCUCUGCGGUCCCCCGCCCAUGGUCUCCGGCCUGAAGAAGGCCGCCGAGGCCCUUGGCUUUGAGAAGGCGCGCCCCGUCAGCAAGCUGGCCGACCAGGUCUUUGCUUUCUAA